AUGGAGGACUUAGAAGAUAUGUGGGCGCAAAUGAAGUUAAUCGAAGAAGAGAUGGGGACGAUUGAUCUAAAUGAAGAAGAAUCAGAGGUGGUGCUAAAGAAAGGAGAGAAAUGCUUGAUCGGGAAAGUCUGCCUUGAACGGGUAAUUAGCAAGUCAAUUAUUUCUACUACUAUGGCUAAGAUCUGGAGAUUGAGCAAACCGGCUACGUUUAUGGAAGUUGGGGCAAAUUUAUUCACUCAUGCGAACAAGCAAAAAGUUGAAGAAGUGAGGCCAUGGCUUUUUGAUAAUAGACUAUUCAUAAUACGGAAGUUUGAUGGUGUAUCACAGUCGGGGAAAAUGAAAUUCGAGCAUGAAGCUUUAUGGGUGCAAUUGCACAACUUGCCAUUGGCACAUAUGAAUUGCAAUACAGGAGAGAAAGUAGGCAAUUCAAUCGGAAGAGUGAUGGAGAUUGAUGUGGAUGAGGAAGGAAUAGAAUGGGGCAAAUGCCUUCAAAUUAAAGUGGAAAUCGAUUUGAAAAGGUCGAUAGUAAGAGGGCCAAUGAUUAAUGCAAGUGGCUCGAAGGUGUGGAUUCCUUUCAAAUACGAAAAAUCACCUCGGCUCUGUUUUACGUGUAGGCAAAUAUUGCAUGAUACUAGAUUGUGCAACAGACAGAAGGUCAUGAGUGGAUGA